GAAACGUUUGUGUGGUUCCGCUCUCGACUUGUCUGUGGUCGCGUUCGCUCGUAUGAUCGUCUGAUAAGGGGAGAAAUGAGAGCGCAAGUUCCCCGUUGAGGAAGUGAAAUGAUAACAUAACGGCGCCUCGACUAAACGCAUUUGCCUGUUUCUUCGAUCACCGGACAGCGAUGCCGCCACAGCGAGUAUUCGCCCUGCCGAGGCAACAAUCUCUGCUGCUGCCUGCGGUCAUCAACCCGUUUGUUCAAGACACCAAACUCACCAAAGCUACUAUAAUAAAAUGUGUCCUCCUGGGAAUCUUCUUGGUCCCUAUUCGAGCCAUCCUUCUGUCCCUGGUUCUCAUGGUGACAUGGCCAGUGGCUGUCAUAAUAACCUUCAACCAUCCUCUGAAAGGAGCCGUGGAACCAAUGACAGGCUGGAGACGGUUCAUGUGUCGGAGAGUGAUGGCUGCCUUGGGGAGAACUUACUACUUCUGCCUGGGCUUCAGAGUGGUGGUCAAGGGCAAGCAGGUCAACAGUAAUGAGGCCCCAAUCCUGGCCGUUGCCCCACACUCCACCUUUUAUGAUGGGAUUGUGUGCAUUGUUGCGGGGCUUCCCUCCACCGUCUCCCGCGUCGAGAACCUGGCUACACCCAUCUUUGGCAGGUUUGUGCGCUGUCUUCAGCCAGUGCUGGUGUCCAGAAAAGACCCAGACUCCAGGAAGAAUACAAUCCAGGAGAUUGACAGCAGAGCCAAGUCUGGAGGGCACUGGCCACAGGUUCUGAUAUUUCCGGAGGGAACAUGUACAAAUCGCUCCUGUCUUAUCACUUUUAAACAAGGUGCCUUUAUUCCAGGGGUCCCUGUGCAGCCUGUGAUUAUGAGAUAUCCUAACAAACUGGAUACUGUCUCUUGGACUUGGCAGGGUUUCAGCUCGAGGACGCUGCUGCUUCUAACUCUGUGCCAGCUGUACACCACAGUAGAAAUAGAGUUCCUGCAGACGCAUAUCCCCACGGAGGAGGAGAAGAAAAGCCCUGCUCUGUUUGCCAACAGAGUGCGGGAAAAAAUGGCUCAGGCUUUGGGGGUUCCAGUGACAGACCACACAUAUGAAGACUGUCGCCUGAUGAUCUCAGCUGGUGAGCUAACGCUGCCCAUGGAGGCCGGCCUGGUUGAGUUCACCAAAAUCAGCCGUAAACUCAAUCUAAAGUGGGACAAUGUGAAGAAGGAGCUGGAGGGCUUUGCAGCCAUGGCAAGCUCUUGUAAAGGAGGACGGAUCACGAUCGAGGAGUUUGCCAAAUUUCUGAAGCUGCCUGUCAACUCAGCCCUCGAGGAGCUGUUUGCACUGUUUGACAGGAAUGGAGACGGCACCAUCGACUUCAGAGAGUAUGUCAUUGGCGUGACCAUCUUGUGUCGACCAGCUAACACAGAAGAUGUGCUUCGCAUGGCUUUCCAGCUGUUUGAUACAGAUGAGGAUGAGAAAAUCACCCGAGAGGAGUUUACUGCUCUGCUGCGCUCAGCUCUGGGUGUGUCUGAUCUAAACAUGGUCAAACUCUUCAAAGAGAUUGAUGCCGACGGUUCUGGUUUCAUCACCUUCACUGAAUUUCAAGCCUUUGCCAUGACCCACCCAGAGUAUGCCAAGCUCUUCACUACCUAUCUGGAGCUUCAGAGAUACCAAGCAAUCCAGGAGGCGUGUCCAGGUGAUCUGGAAUUGACCUGUCCCACCAGUUCAGGGGAAAAACAGGAAGACAGCACCUCUGACAAAAAAGACGACUAAGACAGAGCAUGACCGUGAACACUCCGAGAGACAGAACACUGUAUCCACUGCACUGAGAAAGAAAAAGAGAAAGUGUCAUAUGUCCUCUGACUUUUAGCAGAUUCAAGUCAUUUGCCACAGCAGAGCCAUAUUAUAGCUCAUGUGCUUGCCUUUUUCUAGAUGGUUUUUAGAGUGCUUCUAUUUUCAAUUUUAGUGCCUUAUAGAGAUUCAAAGAACCACAUCCCCAAGUUACUGCACAAGAACUGGUUUAUUGCAGACUUUUUCAUCCCUAAAGUUUUGUGUGUGCUUUGGUUAUGUGUUCAUCAGAAGAAGAAAAAAUGAACGAAAAGCUAGUCAUAGGGUAAAAAUAUGUCAGGAACUUAUAUGGGCACAUCAGUGUUUUAACUUUCUAAACCCUGCAAUCUUUAGAGUUCUAUUGUUAGUGUUGACAGUGUUUUAUGAUAUACCUAAACUGCCUCACCAUGUUUUUGACUUGGAUGCAUCAUUAUCUGUAGCCUGACCUUACCCUUGCUUGGACUUAGAUGAACAUAGCUUUGUGUACUUUCUCCUUUGUCUUUGUGGUCCUCUGCAAAUGAGUAAAAAAAAUGCCAAACCAACACAUUUUUAAAUAUAAGCAAAGAGUCUUCAUGCUUCUGUGUUGCAGUAUAAUUAGUGUAUAGUAAGCUUUAUUAAGAUCUUUCGAAUCUGGUUACCCGCAGAUGUUCUGUAUUAAAUCUAUGUCUUCGAAGAGCAUACAUGCUGUGCAUUACACUUUUUUCCAGCGCUCAGGGACACAGACCUUGUAAGACGGCUGUAUAAUUAGCCAGAGGUUUGCUUUGCAUGUGUAUCUAUUUGCAUUUCUACUGAAGACUGUUGUUGCUGAGACAGCAGCACGUCUACGCAGCUUUAAGUUUACUAAAGCAAAUCAACCACUGAAAAUAGGGCAAUUUGUGAGCAAAAAGGCAGCAGUGCUUCUUCACAACAGCAUAUCCCAGCGGGGUCUGCUUUCAGAUUAACUAGCGCCACUGUUAUUUAUUUAGCAAGGUGCAUUGCAAUUAUGAGAUUUUUUUUUCUUUUUUGUUAACACUGCAAAGUUUGCUUUUUAAAAUAAAACGAGAAUACAAUUUUAAUCUUGCCUGUGUUUUUAUAUUUACUAGUGAGGGAACUUGUAAUGACUUUCGUAGACUUUGUUUUUAAUGAGGCAUAGGUGCAUCGAAGGGGCCACAGCUGUAGCUCUGGUUCUCCAAACCACCACCAGGUGCCAGUAGUUACCUAUAACAAUUAAAUUGUCUGUGUGUGUAUAUUGUUGUUCUGCUUACUAGUACUACAUUGAAUUGUACACCUUUUGUGGCCUGCCCUUUAAUUUAAUGGUAGAGAUAGACAAACAAUCAGAUUCAUGGUGUGGCAAUCGUACGGGCAUGCACAAGUGUGUGUGCAUGUGUGUAAAUGUUACAUUUAAUCACGACUUACAGAAACAGAAUAUAAAGCAUGAUUUGAAUGAGUUCUGUUAUUACCUUUUAUACUUUCAUACCAAUAGAAAAUAAAAGUAAUUAUUUAAUCUUAAACCAUAACCAUCAAUAAAUCAUUUUUGUUGUUCAUCACAAAAAGCAGCAAUACUUUGAAGAAAACAAAUAUGUUACUGUGACUUGUGCGAUAUAUUUGCUUAAUUUUUCUGUAUUGCUUUUCUUCCUUUGGCCUUUUUGUGAACCAAUCUGUAUUCAUUCUAAGGAGGGAAGAAAUCUGAAUCCGGAUCAGAUGCAAUAUUUUUGUGCUGAUGGAACAUUUUAUUAUUAAAGAAAUACUAUAACGGCCUGUUGGAGAACAAUGUACUGUUUGGGUAAAGACCAUGCGAAGGUUUCUUUUUGUUGUCAUAUACCAUAUGUGCUUGUCUAUUUUGUCAAUAGAAUUUGUCAAACAGAAUCUGUGUAAAUCACAUGUAAAUAAGCGUACAAAAAUAAACAUUUUCAUCAGAUA